AUGUCUAAUUCAUCGUCGUCUGCAUCCCUUUCGUCUCGUUCUGGUGAUCAUUUACCACAUCCGGUUAUUCCAAAACGAGAACGAACGCUUUCACAAUGUGAGCGGGCAUUACAAAGUCCAUCAUAUGAAGGCGUAAUUACAGAAUUUUGUCGUGAAAAAGGUCAUGGCUAUAUUCAACCUAAGGACAAUCCUAGUCAACAAAUAUUUGCUCAUGUUUCUGAUAUUGAUGAUGAUUAUGUACCAAGAGUAGGAGACAGUGUUUCAUUUAAAAAAAUGCUAAUGCCACCAAAAAACGAAAAGACGAUGGCCGUACAUAUCAAACUUCUUCAUUUAUCUGAAGGUGUUAAACAUGAAUCAUGGGAAGAAGCUGUCGAACACGAUAUGGAACAUCGACGACCAUCAAAGAUAGGCUCGAUACCAUCAAUACAAGAAACAGCGGAUAACGGUGAUCAUGUACAACAUGUUGCAUCUCAUAAAUCAUGUCUUACACAUAUUGAUUAA